UCGUCGCGUCCCCACCCGCCCGCAGCCCGGGUCCUCGCUGCGCACCCGCCCUGGGGCCGGCGGAGCGGACUUGCGCUCGGCUCGCGCGCAGCUGGGAGGGCGCUACAGAGAGGACGCGAGCCGCAGAAGACCAUCUGCGCACCUGGAAAGUUACCCGCGGUCUGGUGAGGUCCCAGGGCAACAUGGGAAAUGGCUCAGUGAAACCCAAACAUUCCAAGCAUCCAGAUGGCCAUUCUGGGAACCUCAGUGCUGAUGCCCUCCGGAUCAGGGUGACGGAGUUGGAGAGAGAGCUGAGGAGGAAGGAUGCUGAGAUCCAGGAGCGAGAGUAUCAUCUGAAGGAGCUGCGGGAGCAGCUGUCAAAGCAGACUGUGGCCAUUGCUGAGCUCACAGAGGAGCUCCAGAACAAGUGCAUCCAGCUGAACAAGCUGCAGGAUGUGGUGCACAUCCAGGGAGGAAGCCCACUCCAGGCUUCUCCAGAGAAGGUGCCGCUCGAGGUCCACCGGAAGACCUCAGGCUUGGUCUCUCUCCAUAGCAGGAGGGGAGCCAAGGCAGGGGUGUCUGCUGAGCCAACCACCCGAACCUAUGACCUCAACAAACCCCCUGAGUUUUCCUUUGAGAAAGCCAGAGUCAGAAAGGACUCCAGUGAGAAGAAGCUCAUUACUGAUGCCCUUAAUAAAAACCAGUUCCUGAAGAGACUGGAUCCUCAGCAGAUCAAAGACAUGGUGGAGUGCAUGUAUGGGAGAAGCUAUCAGCAAGGCAGUUACAUCAUUAAGCAAGGAGAACCCGGAAACCAUAUUUUUGUGCUGGCUGAGGGUCAACUAGAGGUGUUCCAAGGAGAGAAGUUGCUGUCAUCCAUCCCUAUGUGGACCACAUUUGGGGAACUGGCCAUUUUGUACAACUGUACGAGAACUGCCUCUGUGAAAGCUAUUACCAAUGUAAAAACAUGGGCACUGGAUCGAGAAGUUUUCCAGAACAUCAUGAGGAGGACAGCACAAGCUAGAGAUCAGCAAUACAGAAACUUUCUCCGAAGUGUAUCCUUGUUGAAGAAUUUACCUGAAGAUAAACUAACCAAGAUCAUUGACUGCUUGGAAGUGGAGUACUAUGACAAAGGAGAUUAUAUCAUUAGAGAGGGCGAGGAAGGAAGUACCUUUUUCAUUUUGGCCAAAGGAAAGGUAAAAGUUACCCAGAGUACUGAGGGCCACGACCAACCACAGCUGAUAAAAACACUACAGACAGGAGAAUACUUUGGAGAAAAAGCCCUCAUCAGUGAUGAUGUGAGGUCUGCUAACAUAAUUGCUGAAGAGAAUGAUGUCGCCUGCCUGGUUAUCGAUCGAGAAACAUUCAAUCAAACUGUUGGGACAUUUGAAGAGCUCCAAAAAUACCUUGAGGGGUAUGUGGCAAACCUGAACCGCGAUGAUGAAAAAAGACAUGCGAAGCGGUCCAUGUCUAACUGGAAGCUGUCCAAAGCCGUCUCUCUGGAGAUGAUUCAGCUGAAGGAGAAGGUCGCCAGAUUUUCCUCCUCAUCCCCCUUCCAGAACCUUGAGAUUAUCGCAACACUGGGCGUUGGUGGGUUCGGAAGAGUUGAGCUUGUUAAGGUAAAAAAUGAGAAUGUUGCUUUUGCCAUGAAAUGCAUAAGGAAGAAGCACAUAGUGGACACCAAACAACAGGAGCACAUCUACUCGGAGAAGAGGAUCCUGGAGGAGCUGUGCUCUCCGUUCAUUGUGAAAUUGUAUCGGACUUUCAAGGAUAAUAAGUAUGUCUACAUGCUUCUGGAAGCCUGCUUAGGUGGGGAGUUGUGGAGCAUACUAAGGGACAGAGGCAGCUUUGAUGAACCCACCUCCAAAUUUUGUGUUGCUUGUGUGACAGAAGCAUUUGAUUACCUGCACCGACUAGGUAUUAUCUACAGAGACCUGAAGCCAGAAAACUUAAUUCUAGAUGCUGAGGGCUACCUCAAAUUGGUUGACUUUGGGUUUGCUAAGAAAAUAGGAUCUGGACAGAAAACAUGGACAUUUUGUGGGACUCCAGAGUAUGUAGCACCUGAAGUCAUUCUCAACAAAGGACAUGACUUCAGUGUGGAUUUUUGGUCCCUGGGAAUUCUAGUAUAUGAGCUCCUGACAGGCAACCCUCCCUUUUCUGGGAUUGACCAAAUGAUGACCUACAAUUUAAUUCUCAAAGGAAUUGAGAAAAUGGAUUUUCCCAGAAAGAUAACAAGACGACCUGAAGACUUGAUUCGGAGGCUUUGCAGGCAAAAUCCAACAGAAAGACUGGGAAAUCUGAAGAAUGGAAUCAAUGACAUUAAGAAACACAGAUGGUUAAAUGGUUUUAAUUGGGAGGGACUGAAAGCACGGAAUCUUCCCUCACCUUUACGAAGAGAGCUCAGUGGACCCAUAGAUCACAGCUACUUUGACAAAUAUCCUCCUGAAAAGGGUGUGCCUCCGGAUGAGCUGUCAGGCUGGGAUAAAGACUUCUGAUGGAAGAGAAGCUGACUUCUGCCAAGACACCACAGAAGACUAUGAGGAUCAGUAAACCAACCCUCAUUUUUUUCUCUCAUCAAAGUAUUAUAAUAUCUUUUGGAAGAGCAUUAGACAAAAAGAAAACUCUGCACAAGAAGUGGAGGAUGUGGUACAGAUGUGGUUCCGAAUUAUAAUGUCUCGUUUGCGUUCGGGAUGUUAUGAAUUACUCGUGUGUUCCAUUCCUACGCGUGUGUCAAAUGGAAGGUUUCCCCUUUCCCUUUACACCAUCAGGAACAUUUUUGCUGAAAUGGAAUAGUUUUGUCAAAACCUAUUACUCCAUCCUAAUCAUAGUUUUUAUCCUUUGAAUCCUAAAAUGGUUUAACAAAUGACUUGGCUUCUGAGUACAUAAAACAUACAAAGUGAAGGAAGAAUAUCAUGAAUUUUGGAAGAUUUCCCCUGCACUCAACAGUUUCAUGUAUGCAUUGUGUCAUCAUAACAUGAGGGUAUGCAGAAAUCUUGAUAAUCAGUAGAAACUCUUGACUUUCAUCUGCUUUUAGCCUAGAAGCGUACUAAUAUGUUUCUGAUGCUAGUCUGCUGAAAGGUGGGUUUGAGGAUUAUAGUGUGGUACUUUUUCCCAGAGCAAAUGAACCAAUCAAUAUAACCAGGCAAUUAUAUCCUAUUGGGGAACUUAGGAAAAAUAAAGCAAAAACAAUUUUUCUUUCUCCUGUGACUGCUGUGAUACCUCAGAAAUUUUUUCAUAAGCCUUGUUAAAAGUGAUUAUUAUGUAUGAUUAAAUUAUGGGUUUUAAAUAAAUAAUAAAUUUAAAAUGUUUUAUUUUCGGCACUAAAAUGUUUCUCUAUCAAAGUAGAAAAUAUACUGGAACAAAAUUGUGAAGAUUUUUCCUCCCUUUUAAAGAUAAAGAGAAUACGAUCUAUUGUUUCAACUCUUUGAAACUGAGAUAAUUUUAGCCAAUUUUGAUUGCUGCCCCCAAAAUGACCCCCAUCAAUUUUUAAUGAGAAGCCCAUUGGCAUAUGUUAAUCCACUGUAUUCACUGUGGAGUUAAUGGCUCUUUUUACAGAUAUCUGAGUCAUGAAUAUGUUUAUCAUUUUAACACAUGCCAUUGGAGAGCUGCUCUGAGCACCUGACCUCUGCCUGUCUCCUCCUGGUAAUCUUCCAAAUUGAAUAGCCUACCUUAUAGUGUUGGACACUGAUAUCUGAGAAUUUGACACUAGUGAAUAUUUUCAUGUCCUGGCCAUGGUCAGUCUCCUACCCUCCUUCCAAAAUAGAUGGAAGCUGAGCUUUCUCUGUGCCUUUUAAUCUGACUGUAAAAAAAAAAAAAAAUCUAAAUUCUAGAAUUAUUCAAAUAUUUGGUUAUAUUUUUGUAUAAUACUAGUGACCUCUAUCCCUUCCACAUCUAUAUUUUCAUCACUCAGAGAGAAUCAGCUGUAUGCUUCCUGAAGUCUUGAACCAGACAGUGAGGCCCAGGUCAAGAGAAUGUAUCCUUAAUAAAUGGAUUCUCACAUUAAGAGACCUUUUGCUCAACCAAAGAGUUUUUGUUCCUGGAGUAGUAUUUUUAAAGAUUGCAUAUUGUAUAUAGAAGAACCAUUUUUAAUAGGAUUGACAUAACCUGCUUAAAGAAUUUCUAAACUUUAUAAAAUAUUUUAUUUGCAUUUUGUUUGUACGGACUAUAUGUUUUCCUUGUAUAUAUUUUAACAUGGCCAACAUAUACCAGUAAGAAAUUUAUGUAUUGGAUGGAUAUUAGAACUAUACAGAUGUAAUAGCAACAAUUGUCUCAAAGGGGAUCAAUAGUUUUAAGUUUUAAAACUCUACAUAUACAGAGAUGAAAACCAGUUUAAAAUACUACAGCUCUGCUUUACCCAUGAUUAACUGCAUCGUAUGUAAUCUCCAAAUGUGAUUUUAUUGUUUCUUUUAGAGUACCUUAUAAAGAUGAAAUACACAUGCUUGAGCCAUUAUAAAAUUUCUCUCUACUAUUUCCUAACUGGGAAAGUGAUAUACUUUUUGAGUACCAGUUAUCUCACUUGUAUAAAAAGGCACAACGAAGUAAUAUCUACUUUAAAAGCUUGCUAUGACCAUUAUAAAAAAUUAUGCAAGGUCCUUUAUCUAGUAUGUGUGAAAUAAUCAAUGCUGCAUAGAUGGGAGCUGCUGCUAUUAUCUCUGUUAAAAUUCAAGAGGCCUUAUUAACCAUUUAGUGCUGAACCUGAUGUAUCCUUGGUGUCUGUAUGCACAGUUGUACCAAUUAAAUCUAGUAUCUGUCUUUUCUUUGUCCGAAGUCUACAAGUAAAGAUGGUUUAUCAACUUCAGUGUAUAAAAUGAAAGGUUAAUCUUCAACAAAAUGAAGUGUGCUUUUAGGCUAACUUAAAUUUUAAUUUUUAUAUAUAGAACCUACAGAAGGAAAUACAUGAUAUUAUCCCAGUCUGUAUAAAUUCAUAGUAGUCCUAAUCAUUAAGUCAUUCCCAAUCUCUCUUUUCUAAGAUAGAGUUAAUGUUUCAUUCUUCAGCUUCUUCCAGGUGGAGAAAGUUUUUCAUAAUUAUGGCUUUUUAGUCUUUUCUAAGAAUAUUAAUAUGUCUGAAAAGAAGAUAACAUAAUAGAGAAAAAUAAGACAAUACUGUUAAAAAUGAUCUGUAUUUGAAUUCUAGCUCUGCCCAUAUUUGCAUGAUUUUGGUCAAUAAAACACAUCAUUCAUUUGUACUUUGA